GGGGAGCGGACGAGUCUCCAGCGCCGCCGAUGGGAGCAGUGGGGGAGUGGCCGGAGCGACGGGGACUGCCGUCGGCUUAUGCAACGACAGGAGGGGGGGAGGAGGGGCGCUCAGAGGGGAAGGAGUCACCAGGAACCCGGUCAGAGAUGAGGUGCUCCGGCCUGAGAGACUGCCAGGCCUGGCAGGAUGUGGGUCUCCCACUCUCCACAACAAGCAAUGAAGCUUGCAAGAUGUACGAUGCUCUGUUGACCCAGUUAGUGAGUUUCUCCAACGACCAGAGUCUCGGGGGAAUUGAAGGGUGUAUAUCCCGACUUCAAGUUGCAGACCCAGACUUCGUGAUGGGCCAAGUGAUUGUGAACGGGCUGGAACUAAUUGGUACAGCACGUUCUGUUUUUCUGGAUGAAGAGCUGAAUUCUGCCGUGAAGAGGAUGGUUGACCUUUCAAAGACACAAGUCAUCUGUGGGCGGGAGCUCCUCCACGUGCAGGCCCUCGAAAUGUUUGCCAAAGGGUCUUUUCCAAAAGCGUGUGAGAUUUGGGAAAAGAUCCUUGUGGACCAUCCGACUGACAUGCUGGCACUGAAGCUAGCACAUGAUUCAUACUUUUACCUGGGUCACCCGCAGCAGAUAAGAGAUUCGAUCGCAAGAGUCCUGCCUCACUGGACGCCACAGAUUCCUCACUAUGGCUUCCUGAAAGGCAUGUAUUCAUUUGGGUUGGUGGAGACAAAUUUUUAUGAUCUGGCAGAAAAAGUAGCAAAAGAGGGCUUGGCUUUGAACCCAAAUGAUGCCUGGUCUGUUCACAGUAUUGCCCACGUACAUGAGAUGCGUGCAGAACCAGACAGUGGAUUAAAGUUCAUGAAGCAAACAGAGAAUGACUGGAAGGACUGUGAUCUGCUUGCCUGUCAUAAUUACUGGCACUGGGCACUCUGCCACAUUGAAAAGGGUGAAUAUGAAGCAGCACUAACGCUCUAUGAUGUUAAUAUGUCCCCAUCUUGUAUGAAAUCUGCAUCAAUGCUCGAUAUUGUAGACACGAGUUCCAUGUUGUACCGUCUCCAAAUGGAAGGCAUUAAUGUUGACAGUCGCUGGAAGGAGCUCAUCAGAGUCACCAAGCUGCACGCUAAAGAUCACAUUCUUAUCUUCAAUGACGCUCAUGUACUAAUGUCCUUCCUUGGAGCCAAAGAUGUUGAGACAACCAAUCAGCUCAUCAGCUCAUUGCAAGAAGUUGCACAAACUCCUGGUGAGAAUUAUCAACAUCGCAUGGCUCAGGAUUUGGGACUUCCUAUAUGUCAGGCAAUGAUAGAGUUUGCAAAUGGAAAUUAUAGCCAGACUGUGAAUCUAUUAAAUCCAAUUCGUUACCAGAUCCAAAACAUUGGGGGAAGCAACGCUCAGAGAGAUCUCUUCAACCAGUUGCUGAUCCACGCUGCUAUAAGAUCAGAAAGCAGAUUUCACCAGAAACUAGCCAGAUGUUUGUUAGUGGAGCGAGAAGCUUUUAGGCCUAACUCCUUGCUAACCCAGAGGCUCAUUCGCAAAACCGCAGCAGUGCAUAAUAUGGACUGACCACUGCAUUAUGUUUCUACUACAGCUGCUCUUAUACGAAAAUCAAUUGUCUACUCAUACGGUAGUUGCUAUGAUAGCUAUUAUGAAUCUGGAAUUUAAAAUUAAAAAUAUGUAAUUGUUUUUGUAGACCAGAAUUAUAUGGAAUAUUCCAACACAAUACUAAUAAGAAUGAAAAAAACCUGAUCAUGGUAAAUAAGAUAUUUUUAUAAGACAAUGUUUGUCAUAAGGGAAAUGCGAAUUACAGAAGUGGGUUUAAGAACAGAUGAUGAACUGCCAUUAUACGUUCAUCCAGUUUAGAGCAGUACAGGACAUCCAUCAUCAGAAUUAUAAUCCUAUUCCAAAAUAUGAAAUCUGCAUUAUCUGAGAGCACUGAACAUCCAGGUGCUGAUCUGCCAAGUAUCUGGCACAUGCAUAUGUGCCAGUAAAGUAAUGGUAAGGGCAAUAGGCAGUUUAGUGUCAAUUUUUAACCAUGUAAUUAAAAUAGUAGACUCAAAGGUCUUUGAAUUAAUUUUUGAUUAUUACCAAUUUAGUAGAAAUACCGCAUUUCUAUUCUUUACAUCCUAUCUACCUUGAAAAUCUGCAGGAUUCCUAAAAUGUAUUUGCCUAAUGCAAUAUCUUGGAAGAGAAAAUAAAAGUCUACUGGUGCCAUCACAAAUCCUUUAUUGAAUAGAAGCCAUUAGAUAAUGUCAACGACUUUCCAAAACUGUUGGGAUAAAACAAAACUGUUGCAAUAAAAUAAUAACGGAUCAGAACCAAA